AUGGUUACAACAAACAUAACAGAGCAAAGAAAAAAGAAAGCUGACGAUGGAAAUCAAUCGCAACUAAACUCUUUGUUGAAUGAAAUAGGUUGUAACGAUUUAGAUCAUUUAAGAGAAUUAUUAGCUGGACAGAAACUUACAAAGAUAUUAGCAGAAUUAGAUGACCAAAGACGAAACGUUCAAAACUUAAAUUUUGAUUUAACAAAAAAAAAUGAAGAAUUAUCAAGGUUAAGUUCUCAAUUCAAAAUUUUUGAAGAAAAGGCUGAAGUCAAAGCCAAACAACAAGAAAUUAUUAAAGCUUUAGAAGAAAAAAUUGAAGAACAUGGUGUAAUGCGAUAUACACCGCAUGAUCUUGGAUCGGCAAGUAUGAUCGCAUCACGAAAAUCUGGUUCAACGGCCCUUUACAUAUGGACCGACAUUUGCGGGAAA